AUGUUGCUGCAACUAGUAGCUCGACAGGGGCAUCAACCUGUGAAGCAGGCGAACUGGACAUGCGUGAUCACAAACGAUCAUCAAGAACAACUGCCUUUGAGACAGGUGUCCUCCACCGUGGCCCCGUCUGGCCAUGAGUGGCCCUGGGUGAAGAAGGCGAUGCGGAACUUCUUGCGCAGCUUCCAUUUGCCACCGGAGAAGCGUGCGCAGCACGAGGUUGACGAGCUGAUCAAGCUGGCAUCGGCCCCACUGCAGGGUGAAUGCUACCUGGGCAUCGUGGCACUUGGGUUCUUCGUCUUCCACUUCAUGGAUCCUGCAGAGAGGCAGAAUUUGAUCCGCCGGGACUCGGAUGGCCGGCUUCCCGUCACGCUCCAGACAUGCCGAUCCUAG